GAGAGGGUUUUGUUUUAUCUUAAUUUUUCUUUCCUCUGGACCAUCGAUUUCCCUUCCCCUCCUCUGAUGUACUUAUGUGGUUUAUAUUUAUCCACCUAUCACCUAAUUGGAUGUUCUAAACUGGUCCAUUGCAGAGCAGCAUCCUGACUGGGAGUCCAAGCCCCUGGCAUUAGCGUGCCUGUAAUGGAGUUCUCGUCCUGCCACUAAGUGUAUGGAAACGAGGAUAAUGCGAGGCAUUGUUUCCUUGGUUUGCUGUCAAAAUUAAAUGGAAUAAUUAAUGUAAUAUUUAGGGCUAAGCCUGAGGAAGUAUUCGUGAAUGUUACCUGUUAGCAUAACCAGCUCUCAACUCUGUGAAAACAGACUGCUUCCCUCUUAUCUCUGCCCCUUUAAGGUCAUUUUGCUCUCCUCAUCCCACAAAGGGCCAGUCAAUACAUAUUUGCCUCCAUUUAUUGAUGCAAAGAUUCAUGCACAUGGUUUGCAGAGUUCAGGGAAGGAGAAACGACGCACCGAGGGAGGCUCCGGGAGACUGCCGCAAGCAGCAGAAACCUUGUUGUUCAGUUUUUAACUAAUAGAUGAUUUAAGCUGUUGAGUGUUUGAAUCGCUCCUUUCCGGACAUAUGGCGUGUAUUGAGCAAGAGGCGGCAUUAGCAGUUGAAAUACUUGUUAGUGCGACAGUCAGUUACAACGAGGCUGCUUGGCGUAGGGACAGCAUCCAAUCCUUAGAUUAAAUGCUACUCUAACUGGAUUAUGUGGGGAGAGGCGGCCAGAACCCUGGAAGCCUUGACUGGAAGGAUGUCGCCAUCUAUUGGCGACAUGGGGAAAUGACGCUGAGUGCCGGGAAAAAUCUCGCUGAGUCACCACAUUUGGCGAUCAGCUGGAACAGAGUGCCUCCCGAGGGGUCCCGGACCAGCCUCCAGCCCCACAACAGCAGAUCCUCACGUGACAGCCUCCCCAGGAGCCAGUUUCAUGGAGCAAACACAGAGACUCCUGAGCCAGCCCUCUCCCAUCCCCACUUCCCAGCCCAAGAAGAAAAGGAUGACAGUGAAAUCUUUCUUUUCCAAGGUCUCUUGGAAACUGAGGUUGCAGAAGCGGGAGCCUUUGAAGAAUGCGUUUUUCAUCUUGGCAGAAAAAGCCCGGGAUCCUAAUGCUAAAAAGCGCCAUCUGGCAAUGAGAUGCCUGGGCACCAUGGCCUGUGAAGCCCCUGACAAGCAGGUGAGAAAGUACAAGAAAGUUUUCCUUGACCUCCUGGUGCAUGGGCUGUACGAUCCUGUGAGUUCUGAAGUUAUCCAUGAGAGUGUGAAGACUCUGACCAUCAUGCUGGGCAAGAUCCAGGGCCAAGGCCUGGGCUCCUUCUUCAUAGACAUCACCCUUCAGACCAGGACUUUAUUGGAUGAUGAGAAUGACAGUGUGCGGUACUCGGCCUUUGUUCUGUUUGGGCAACUGGCUGCAUUUGCUGGGAGGAAAUGGAAGAAAUUUUUCACCCACCAGGUUAACCAGACACAAGAUUCCCUCCUGAUCCAUUUACAGGACAAAAGCCCUCAGGUUGCCAAGGCUUGCAAAACGACUGUUCGAGCCUGUGUUCCGUAUCUGAAACUCAGGAAGGAGCAGAGUUUCCAAAGUGAAGAAGAUCAGAGGAACCCCAGGCUUUCCCGGCAGCUGAGCCAUUAUCAUCCUGAGGUCCUGCUGUUCUUCUAUGCCAAUAAGAUCCUAUAAGUCCAGAGCGGCAGAGAAAAUGGCCCCAUGUGAGCGCCCUGCUCCGGGCAUCCUGUUCCCUCUGCUCUGUCUCAUUGGGUACUUCUUUGACUCUCUUCACGUGAAUAUAACAGAAAAGAAGAUGUAAGAGAACAACUGGGGGGCGGGGAUAACCCUGGAAGAGUAUCUCUGCACCCAAAGUAAAAUGCAACAUUACUUUCA